AUUAUGUGGCUUUGGAUUUUGUAAAUUGUUUUCUCCUCGCGACUUCACCCACAAGACAAAGAGAUUGAUCCAACGCACGCUCUGAGAUCGCCGGCUCAUCCUCGGCGCCGAACAAACGAGAAGGUCGAGGAAGAGAUUGACCAACUAUGGAUUCAACGCCUGUGAAUUGGGAAGCGCUUGAUGCUCUCAUCAUCGAUUUCGUUAGCUCUGAAAACCUGGUUGAAGCCGCCGCCGCCGCCGCCGCCGCCAAUUCAUCGUCUUCUCCAUCAUCAUCGUCUCCGUCCUCUCCUUCUAUUUCCUCUUCCUCUUAUCACUCCAGAUUGAUCAUUCACCGGGUCCGAAACUCGAUUGAAUCCGGUGACAUUGAGACCGCCAUCGACAUCCUUCGCUCCCACGCUCCUUUCGUCCUCGAUGAUCAUCGGAUUCUAUUUCGCCUCCAGAAACAGAAAUUUAUCGAGCUGCUGAGAAAAGGAACACAUGAAGCUGCAAUUGGUUGCUUGAGGACUUGUGUUGCUCCCUGUGCUCUUGAUGCUUACCCGGAAGCUUAUGAGGAAUUCAAGCAUGUUCUUCUUGCACUCAUCUAUGAUAAAAAUGACCAAACCUCUCCGGUAGCAAACGAGUGGGCAGAGAAAAGAAGGUAUGAAAUGGCUGGACUGAUGUCAUCUGUUCUGAGAGCUUCUUUACAAGCAUAUGAUCCAGUUUUCUCAAUGACACUAAGGUAUCUGAUAAGCAUACAUAAAGGAUUUUGCUUUCACCAAGGAAUUUCCUCUGCAGUUUCUGAUCUCACUCAUAGACUGCUCCUGGAGGAACGUGAUGCACCAGCUACUCCUCCUGAAAGCAUGUAUGAAGUACCACCAUUUGAUGAGGUGGAUAUACAGGCUCUUGCUCAUGCGGUGGAGCUCACUAGACAAGGUGCUGUUGAUAGCAUGAAAUUUGCCAAAGGUGACCUCUUCCAGGCAUUCCAGAAUGAAUUGUGCAGGAUGCGAUUAGAUGUUUCGGUUCUUGAUGAACUUGUUAAGGAGUACUGCAUAUACAGGGGUAUUGUGGAUUCAGAGAUGCAAAUGAUCACUGGUCCUGCCAAACGCAACCAAUCGAAGGUGGGCCGCAGCUUAUCAAGAGAUUGUGUUUCGGAAAUAGAUCUCAACACAAGUCAAUAUUCAGAUAUUGAGAAUUAUAGCAACAAGAGCAUGCUUGAUGACACUGAAAUGUCUAGCGAACAAGGAGGUGACAUUGGCACAUGCUACGGCAGCGUACCAACCAGCGUUUGUGAAGAUUGCAGCACUAGCUGGUCAAAUCAAUGUGAAAAUACAAGAUCUCUUGGUAGAAUUAGAUCCCAUUUGAAUAGCGAGAGGAAUAAACGCAAAAGAUGGUGUGGGCGUACUGCUAAAGUAGAUUGUCAUCCUGGUCUUUCAUUUGCUAAGUCCGAGUCAGGCAUAGAGGGCAAGUAUGAGAUAGCCUUGGCUUUGAAGGAACUGGUUAGCAAAGGAAUGGCAGCAGAAGCUAUUUUCGAGAUCAGCAGCAUGGAUCCAGAUUAUUUCACAAAAAACCCGGGUUUACUUUUCCAUCUCAAGCAGGUUGAAUUUCUGAAGCUGGUGAGUACUGGUGAUCACAAUGGAGCCCUAAAAGUUGCAUGCUCUCACUUAGGUCCCUUAGCAGCCAAUGACCAGUCUUUACUGAAGACAUUAAAGGAGACGUUAUUAGUUUUACUUCAACCGGACGGAACCACACCUGGGAAAGAUUUGCCUUUGAAUGAUCUGGCAAAUACGCUGCAGGUUUCUGUCGGUAAAAGGCUCGGGAUCGAAGAACCAAAGCUAAUGAAGAUUAUAAGAGCGACACUUCACACGCAUACCGAGUGGUUCAAGCUUCAGAUGUGUAAAGACCGGUUCAAUAAUCUCCUGAAGAUAGAUUCGCUAAAAGAAGUAAACACUGAUUUGAUUGGUGGUAUCAAAUCAAGAUCAAAUGGAGAUAGCAAAACAAACUUCUCGUCUCAAGUCACGACGACGUCUUCAAGCACCAUGACAUCAGAAGAUGGUGGAAGCAGCAGCUUGAUGAUGAUGACUCAGACUUCGUCAAGAGAAGCUUUGUGGGAUGAAAGUGCAAUUCUUAAAGUAAUGGAAUUUCUGGCGUUGCCGAGGUCUAAUGCAAUUCAACUUCUAUCACAAUACGAUGGAAACGCUGAGGCUGUGAUUCAGCAACUCUUUGGUUAAAAAUCAAACCAGACUAAACCGAGUAGAACGUGUCCCGUUUAGUUAAAUUUGGAUGAGUUAUUAUUGGUUUAUUCAUUUCUGCAUUUGUUGUGUGUUUUUUUUGUACAUUUAACUUAACACAGACACACUUGUGAAAAAAAGAAAUAAAUAAGUUUUGGCAAUGAAAAAAAUAAAUGAGAAAUAAAUGGGCUUU